GGUGCGCGCAUCAUCGAGCGAUCGUUAGCGCUGGACAUGUCCCCGUCCCCCAGCCCGCGCCCUUCGUUGUCAGAACGCCUAGAGGGCCUGAUAUCCAACAAGAAAGACAAAGACAUGAGGCCCAGAAAGCCAACUCUCCCUCGCCUUCCUUCCAACCACAAUGUACACCAUACUCCAGCGCAGCCCACACUGAGGUGGCUGGGCACUCGCGGCAGCCAGCACUCGACGCCCUCACCUUCUGCACCACCGUCUCCGUUGAUAUCGUCUCUGGACGAAGCGUUGCACGAAGAGCUUGCGCUACCGAAGCCGCCACCACUGGCGAAGCUUCCGGACUCGUUCUACGCGUCGCGGCAACUGACGCGGCGACCACCCUUCCUCGAUAACCUCACGCACUCCACCCUCCCGACCGCCUCACUAGUAGGGGAGCAGCUGGCGGAGCAUGACGGUCCCCUGCGCUCUCCCCCUACGAGCUCGUCGCUGGACAGCCUACGCCGUGUCUCCGAGCGCGACAGGCGGCGCAACUCCACCGAAGAGUCCCAAGACUCGCCCUCACGCUCCAGCGGCUGGUGGUUCUUCCAGCACAAAGAUGACAUGGACAACAUGCUCAACGAGGACGAUCGCGCGGACACGGUGCAGGAGGAGCAGGAUAACAUUCGGAAGAAAUACCGCAGUCCAAGGAAUCCGAUUGUCUUCUGUCAUGGGCUGCUCGGCUUCGAUAGCGUGACGAUUGGACCGUCGAUCGCGCCGCUGGAGGUCAAUCACUGGAGGGGGAUCAAGGAAGUACUGGAGGCGAACGGCGCAGAGGUCCUGAUCACUCGCGUGCCCGCCACCAGCUCGCCAAUAGAUCGCGCCAAGGUGCUGGAGCAGAGAAUAUCGGAGGUCUUCCCUGGACGCGCUGUCCAUCUAAUAGGUCAUAGUAUGGGUGGCAUCGACUGCCGAUAUCUCACGACCCACCUCACCUAUCGCAAGUUCGACGUCCUCUCCAUCACCACCAUCGCUUCCCCCCACCGCGGCUCGGCCUUUGCAGACUAUUUCCUCGAAGCCGUCGGGCAGAACAACUUCCCUUCAUUCCUCGGCCUCCUCGACUUGCUUCCCAAUGGCGGCGGCGAUGGCAAGGCGUUCGAGUUCCUGACGCUUGAGAACAUGCGCAAGUUCAAUGAGCAGACGCCCGAUGUUCCCGGGGUGAAGUACUACAGCUGGGGCGCGACGUAUCAGCCCGGGUUGAUCGACACCUGGAAGUGGUCGCACGCGGUCGUGCUCGAGAAGGAAGGACCGAACGAUGGUUUGGUGUCGGUCGAGUCGGCCAAGUGGGGAACCUACCUUGGUACGCUUGAGGGCGUCAAUCAUCUGGAUCUCGUCGGAUGGAUCAAUCCGGCGCGGUACAAGUGGGCCGAGAUGAUGGGCAAGGAAAUAUCCUUCCGACCUGCCACAUUCUACCUUGGCAUCUCGGACAUGCUUGCGCGAGAGGUCGACGGUCAGGGAAGGGAGGAGGAAGGCCCAGUGGGCGAAGGCGAAGGCCAGCAGCGCGCAAAGGAACAAGCGUUGCACAGCAUGAAGGGCGAGGGUGCACGCCUCGGUGAUGAGCACGAGGAGCGGAGGAUGGAAGAGCGUGCGGAAGAGAUGGAGGCGACCGUCGAUCUGCCGAGCGCAGUGGUGAGGCGUGAUGGCGAUAGGCUCUCAGCACAGAGCACCUCUGCACCUCCCAGUCCCAUACGUCCUUCGAGCGCGGCAAGUUCGCGGUCGGCGGAAGGUUCUUCGAAGACCAGGAAUCCAUGACAGUAACCCGUCGGUCCAGGGCGUCCUUCAUCGCAUUUACGGCACUGUAUUCUAGCAUACAACUGAUACCCUAGUAUACCUUACUCGUACACGAUUAGUACUUACUGACGAUAAUCGUUGGCAAUAUGGAUUUGGGCGGUACUCACA